AUGUACACGCCGGGGACAUUGGGAGAAAACGGGGUACAGUCUGCAGACGUGUGCAGCGCAGCCAAAAUGAUGCAGCAAGUGGUUGCUGCAGUUGGCACUCUGUUCUCUGUGGCUUAUUCGGGGUAUUUUUUAACCCACUUGGCACGGCACCUCACGCGUGGAUCCCGAGCAGCUCCUCCUUCGGGCACCAAAGCAGCAUCAGCUCCUCCUCUGGCUCCCUCUGCUUGCAAAGAGGAGGCCAAAGAGGAGGAAGAGAGCAGUGAACUUCCCGCUGUUCUGGGAGACGAGGGCGAACACCCCGCGGUUUGGGAAUACAACGGCGAGGCUCCCGCGGUGUGUGACAAGGACAGUGGACAUCUCCCGGUGUGGGACGAGGACAGUGGAUGUCCCCUGAAGUGGGAUGAGAAUGGCCAAGCUCCCAUGGCAAGUGACGAGGAUGACGACAAUCUCCCAGUGUGGGAUGAGGACAGAGGACAUCCUGUGGCUUGGGAAGAGGAGGGUGAAGAUCUUCCAGCAUGGGAAGUGGACAGAGAACCUGCAGCAUUUUGGGAAGAGGACGGAGAAGCUGCAGUGCUUUGGGAUGAGGACGAGGAACCUCCCUCUGCUCCUGAAGAGGAAACUGAAGCUCCCUGUGCUGCAGGAUCCUGGGCUGAACAUUCUGACAGCAGCACAGCCCUGCAGCCAGAGGGGAGCAGGGAGUGGAGCCUGAUGCAGCUGAGAGAGGGAGCAUCUUCCACGUGGUUUCUUUCAGGGAACACCGUGAGCGUGGGGGAGCCUGCCGAGAAAUACCUGGAACUGGAGCAGAUUGGCCAAGGGGCUUUUGGAACCGUUUCCAAAGGACUCGACAGGGCCACUGGAGGAGAGGUGGCCAUCAAGAAAAUGAGUCUGAGAGGGCAGAACAGGGAACGAGCUGUGAAUGAGGUCGUGGUCCUGAAGGACAAGAAGAACCCCAACAUUGUCAACUCUCUGGACAGCUUCCUUGUUGAUGGAGAUCUCUGGCUGGUGAUGGAAUACAUGGAUGGAGGAACUUUGCAGGACGUUGUCAGACAGACACGCAUGGCUGAAGGAGAGAUGGCAGCUGUCAGUCAGGAGUGUCUGCAGGGCCUGGAUUUCCUCCAUUCCAUCCGGGUGAUCCACAGAGAUCUGAAGAGCUCCAACAUCCUUCUGGGAAUGGACGGCUCUGUCAAGCUGGCUGAUUUUGGCCUCUGUGCUCAGCUCAGCCCUGAGCAGGACCAGUGCAGCUCCAUGGUGGGCACUGCUCACUGGAUGGCCCCAGAAGUUGUGACCAGUUCUCCUUACGGCCCCAAGGUGGACAUCUGGUCCUUUGGCAUUGUGACCAUCGAGAUGGUGGAAGGAGAACCUCCUUACUUCCAGCAAACGGGGGCCAUGGCUCGCGCUCUGAUCCGGCAGAACGGGACCCCGCAGCUGCAGGAGCCCAGGCGCCUGUCGGCUCUGCUGCGGGACUUCCUCGAGUGCAGCCUGGAGCCGGACGAGGAGCGGCGCUACUCUGCCCAGGAGCUGCUGCAGCACCCAUUUUUGUCAUCAGCCAAGCCUCUCUCCAGCCUGACCCCUCUGAUCACUGCAGCAAAGCAACUGAGGGAGCAGCAGAGGAGGAGAUGAAGCACAGGAGGCCAGCUUUUUGUUAUAGUAGUUAGGACAAGUAGUUAGCAAUGGUAGUUAGCACUGUGAGUUAGUUAGGGUAGUUAGGACAGCCUGUUUGUUAUGGCAGUUAUUUGAAUAAAAUCUCUGUUAAAGCUCAAGUCCCUUGAGGUGUCCUGUCCUUCUCCCGCUGUGACUCAGCUGCCCGGAGCACUGCGAGGGGAGAGCGGGCCCAGCCUCGCCCAGAGCUGAGCCCCAGCAGAGCCUGGCAGAGCCCAGAGCAGCCUCGGCAUCUGCAGAGUCAGCCUGGAAGGAGGCGCUUGGAGCCUUCUGGGCUGCAGCCGGCUCUUGCUUACAAACUGUGUGCGCUGGAAAAUGCCUCUGGUUCUGCGGGAGGGCAGAAGGGGCCCGGGGAAGGCCCAAGUGCUCCAUGCAAGGGAAA